GUGUGGACGUUCUCCAGGGUGAUGGAGAGGAAUAUGCACUAACCCGGCCCGAAAACGUUAAAAGCCGUCGGUGUUCGUUUUGUAUGCACCGUGACAAGCACAGCUAUGGCCGGUAUACGGAGAGUAAACGGGAAAUUGUCCGGAGUUAACCCCGCUGUCAGUUGCUCUCGCCUGCGUCAAGUUCAAGCCCUGCUCUGUGAAGGAGGCUCAGUCACUCCAGACGGCAUCUUGUGCUCUCUUGGGAUAGACAGCAGAUAUAACGAGGGAUGCACAGAGCUGGCAAAAUACCUCUUUUAUGGGCUAUACGAAUGGAAUCAACCAAACCUGGAGCAUGCGCUUGAUGACUUUCCCGAAGAAAUGCUGGACGACGUGAUCAUGCUGAUAAAGGCAGAGUGUGUUCAUCUAUACUGCAACCCAGUGAACUAUAGUUACCUAUUGCCGUAUGUAUCACACUGGAGGAACCUGCAUCUCUACUGCAUGACAGAGGAGGAGUAUGAAGAUGAAGAAGCCGCAGAGGAAUUCAAAAUCUCCAGCUUUGUCACAAUGGUGCAGGACUGCCAGCGUAUUGGAGUUGCUCACAGCUCCCAAGGGCACAUCCAGAAGUUUGAUGUGUUUGUGGUGGAAAAGUGGCCCCUGAUUCAAGCGUUUGCCCUUGAAGGUAUAGGUGGAGGAAGCUUUUUUACCAUUAAAUACAAGAUAGUGGAUAUGAGUGAGAAGCUGUGGCAGGUUUACAACAGACUUGAUCCAGUGUCCCUGGAUAAUCUCUUAGCAGAGGACUUGGGAAUCUUUGAAAAGCAGUGGAGUAGCUUCUUCUCCAGCAUCGACCUCGAGAGUCAUCUCUCCAUCUUGGAUCUCUCUGAGGCACAGGCAGGAGAGGCUUUCCGUACUUUUUAUUCUCACGGGCUGAUUUCUAACAACAUCUCAGAUAAAAGUAAAAGUCGGCAGCCCUUUGUGCUCUUUGGAAAGCACUCUUCCUCAGAGGAUCUGGAGAACAUUUCGUUCAACUUUCCUUCAGAGAGUCAUCAGGUUCGCAACACAGGGCCUCAAGGUUCUACAGCCAAACACAUGAUUCUACAGUGUGUGGCUCCCAAAGGACCUUUAGCCUGUUCACGAACAUAUUUCUUUGGGACUACUCAUACCCCAUAUCUUGGAAUUCAGACGACAGAGCAAAAGAAAACAGAAGUCUUAGUUUUGUCACAGAUUUAUUCUGCUGCUGUUCAAGGAGUCCUGUCUGGAAUAAAAUGCUACUGUAGUACUUCUAGUUUCACUAAGGCUAAAGAUGUUGCUGUGAACACGUUUUUUCUGACCUUGGACUUGAUGAAUUUAGGCCACUAUCGAGGUCAUCUCAGGUCCAAAUGUGAAUUCAGCAUUCAAGCUGCAAAUAAUCAAGGAAUUGUAAUUCCUCUGGCUGAUGAAGACAGCCGUUAUCUAGUCAAAACCGCUUCCCUGAUUGUCAGCGACAUCCCAGACCUAGAGGAAAACAGGGGAGACUUUGGCACUGUGGUCUACUCUGAAUCUUUUCUGGAGUCCAGCAUCAACAUUCAACAGAGAGAUGGCACUGUGUCCUCAGACAGCUGCUACACCAUCCUGACUGCUAAUGUUCCUCGCUACGCCUGCUGGCUGAUGGAAUCUGACGUCAAGCAGUCUGAACAAGCCCUGCAUGUCGCUAAGAGCGAGGAUGGUGGCUGUCUAGGAGGUUCUCUGACCGUAGCAGAUUCUGCGUACGUGUUCUCCAGUGGCCAUCUCUGCUCACCUGAGGAAGGUAAAAUCACUUUCUUCUCUGAGGGACUCCUGUUUAUCCACUCCCAAUUAGGAUGCAUCACUCUGACAAAGGAUCACAUCCGUAAAAUCAGCUUUUAUGCUCCAGACUCCUGCGGUGUGGGUUCUCUGUUUGUGGAGUAUGAGUCAAGCCUGCUGCCACACCUUCCGUUCCUUCUGCACAGCUCUGAUCAGUGUCUGGUCUUUGCCCUGCAGCCUAGAUCUAAGAGUUACAAGGCCUUCUUUGCCAAGGUUCUGCCAGCAUGGAAAAAUCCUGAAACUGGACUCAGUUUGCAACUUGUGGACCAAGAACAGCUGUCCUUAAACCAAAGAAACAUGCACGCCAGAGUUCAGAAGCUUCAUGACAGUCAAGAACCGCCCGUUGCAAAACGCAAAGGCAGCCUUAAGACUUCCCACUCCAAGCUGCCAGGGCAGGAAAUGUUUCUUCAACACUUUGCUUUAAGCAGCAUCAGUCAGGAGCCCAUUCUGUACGACCACCUGGAGGCGCUGUUCCCCUCUGCAGAGCUUAGGAACAAAACCCAUCAGAAGGGAUGCAAGGUUACCAUUAACAUAAUCACCGGACUACCAGGAAGCCACAAGAGCACCCUUUGUAACUUUUUAGUGGACCAGAACAAGGAUGUCGGAAGGUGGGUGGUGUAUGAACCUGACAGCUUCUCAGUCUCACACCUCCAGCAGUAUUUGUCGAGCUUCCUAGAGAGCCAAAGAGAACGAGUUAAGCCUCGCCUGUUGCUGCUUACACCCGGAUACACAGAUGUUUUGGAUGUUGUCCAGGCGGUGCUCUUCCAUCCAGAUCCAGAUGUCCAAGGCUGUUUCACCGUUGGUGCUGUCACUGCCUGCGUGAACCCACUCGCGUCGUGCAUGGAACAUCGGUUUGCUUUCCCCAAGCUGUUGGAACAGUGCAGUCAAGGUAUUGUGAGUACAGUGGUGUUCACGGGGCUGACAGCAGAGGAGAAGCACCCUCUCAUGCAGCAUGUUCAGCAGUUGGUACGCUCCGCUAACCCCACCGCUGCCUUCAUACUGGCAGAAAGAGGAGCUGUCACCAGGAAUGAAGAUGUGAGUCUGAUAUUGUCCGAGAGCAGCUUCGGCGAGACGCAGAUGCUGAGAGCACGUUACGUCCUCUACCCUGGAUGGUGCAAAGGACGCUUCUUCUCCGGUUCAGGGACCGUGGCCGUCACCCAGCAGCGUAUAGCUUUCAGCCGGCCCCUAGAGAGGCCUCUGUUUGUCACCCGCUGUAAAGCAAUCAAGUCAUCAUUGAAGUCCAGUCCGUUCAGAGGAAAUGUUUAUAACAUUUGGGGGAAAGUCAGAUUUUCUGACUCAGAUCGAACGGUGGAUGUGCGCUAUAAUGCAGUUAGCGGGAGCCUGAGUAUCGUCCCAGACAAGAGCGCCGACUCUCUGACCGCAGCCCCCAAAGAGACCAGCACGCCCUGCUUCCUGAUCUUUGACGGUGUUGGUCUCACUCAGGAGGAGCUGAAGGUCUGGUUGAGACUGUGCACCAAACAGAGGCAGGCCAAGAAAACAAAGAAGACUGCAAACACCCUGUCAGCACAAGAAAUCCAGAGCAUACAUAUGGCCCGACACCUGGACCCUCUGCCACCAGGUUAUUUCUACAACGGCUAUCAAUACGUUGACAUCUUUGGAGAAAAAAGAAGCUUCCAUCCCAACAUGGAGGAGUUCAUUAAAGAAUACAUUUGUGAGGCCAACAAGGAGAUCGAGCAGUUCAACCGUCAGCUGGAGCAGCAAAGACAGCCGGACUUGUUUGACCCCUGAUAGAAUCUUUGUAUGGUCACUUCGCACCAUGCCAUGGUUUUAAUAACUAAUCACACCAUGUGCGUCUUCAGAAGGUGCUGUUGCUCAAGCUCAUUCCAUUUCUCCAUUUACAUUAGCAGGUUUUUCACUUUUUUUUUUUUGAGGAAUUUCAAUUCAUUUAUCUUAUUCAUUCACGGUCUGCCUUCUACUCUACUGCAAAACUACAAAUGAAGAAGGGGAAAUUGUUGUAAUUUGAAUCCAAACAAACACUGCAGACAAAUCUAAGGCCAAAACACUGCCCUAAACCCAAUGUGAAUCCAGCACAACGUCUGCAAGCUAUGGCACUUUCACAAUCGACGGGGAUUUCCAAUCGCACGCUGUCACAGCUUGAGCAUCUCUGUUUGUCACAGUCGGCGAAUUAAUGCUUCUAUUUCUGGGUUGGCUUGAAUAGCCGUGUGAUCCUGGUGGGCUCCCUGGUGGGGUUUCUCAAGAAUUGCUCCUCUUCUGUUGUCACCCAAUCCGUGGUCCACCUGUUAGCUUGUUUUCAAGCCACACCGGAGCGGAGGGAGCGCUUGGUCAUAGAGUGGUAAACAUCAGGAAGCCUGUUGGCUCAAUGGUGCUGUUUAUCAAGUCCCUACAAGCCAUCCCCGGCUUCAUGUGAAAGCCCUCAAGACCAUGAAGUAAAAUACUUCAUAAUUAAUUAAGUCCCUAAAACAAUGUUUGGCGGGUAAAAAUAGCCGUAAGCUGUCAAAACCACGUUGAAUGGCAAGGAUUACAAUUUCCACUUGACAUAUUUCCUUUGAAAACACUUGAGUUAAAGUGUUUAUUUAAAACAGAAGAAUUAAGCUAAGGCUCACUGCCAUCAGGUCACUGUAACUUGUUACAUUGUUGUCCUUAAAAUUUAUCUGCACAAUACAUUUGUCUUAACUUGUUUGGGCAUAGCACGCACCAAUCAAAUGUAAAACACAAAACAUUAGGUGGUUAGUUUUAGAUACAUUUUAGAGCAAAUACCAUUGGAGUCAGGUAACAAAGAGUUAAACUUGAUGUCCUUUUUAAAUGAGUUGUUCUGCUGCUGUUUGCUCCGUGAUUGAGUAUCACAUUAAUGUUAUAUGCAUGUCUUUAAAAUUGUGGAAUUUAAAAACCUGUGUAGGACCUUUUAAGCCGGCCUUGCCGGGUUUUUGAAGUUCUACAACUUUUUGGAAAGUGUAUUUUAAUCAGCAGUGAUUUCUCUAGUACAGUGCUGGUAUUUGUGAGGCUGCAUAGUAACAGUGUAGACACUGAAAAAAAAAUUUCAAAAGCAUUUUUAAAUAUGAUGGAUAGGGAUCUUCCAAGUAGAGAUGCACAUUCGGGGUGUUGAGACUAAUCUUUAAUCUCCGGGUUUUUGGAAAACUAACCUGCUACCGUUACCAAACAAUGAUUUCUCUCUACUAACUAUAAUAUAAGUUGUAAGAGCGGAGUUCAAAAUGUUCUUUCUAGCCAUCCUGUGAUAAGCAGCCAUUAAUUAUUUAUAUUUGGAGAACUUUAUGGCCCAUGGGAGAGAGCAAGUUUGUACUAUUUCAAAACCAAAUGAAGAUUGAGCUGAGAUGUAAGCUGGCUUUAGCAUUUUAUUUUAACCAUUACUUUGGUUUGCACGGCUAGCAUUAACUAAAUGGUAAAAAGAAGUGUGUAUAACUGGAAAACUAGAAGAUUCUUGAGUCUCCGCCAGCAGGUUACGGGCCCCCAAAAACCAGCAGGUUCCGAUCGGCGACCAAUUUCUCUGUGCAGCUCUACUUCUUACGGUGUCAGGAGAUUUUAAAGGUGUGUAUUCAGAAUGGGGUUAGCAGUGCAAUAGGCAGACUUUAUCUUUUAGGCAUUUGGAUUUUCAGUAAACAGUUGAAAACAAAUGCUGAUCAAAGCACCACAAGUGCUGAAGAUGUUAAGUAAAAUCACUUAUUUGAAUUGGGCCAUCUCUCCUCUUUGCCAGUAGUUUCAUACAAAAGUGUAUGUAAACCUGUUAAAUGAGCAAACCUUUAUUUACGUCCUAAACUAAGUCAACCUGACACUGCUGGCCCCACGGUCUCUCCCCUUAGUGUCCACUUUGAUCUGUGCUAGCCGUACAAUAUAUAGUGGUGCUGCAGUCCCUUAGACAAGUCAUUUAGACGAUUAAAAAAGCACCUAAAGAAAAUUACACUAUCGUCGUAUUCAAUUAGAAACAUGUUGGCAUGGAGAGGAGCUCAUUUUAUAUCACUGAUUUCACCAACUCUUCUCUAACUAUCCUCUACUUGCUAAAAGUGCAAUUCCUGCGUGUGUUUUCCUACAUUCUACAUAGAGCACCCUCAGAUAGCUCUUUAAGGACAGAGCUGACACACACCAGCUGCUGAAACCUCAGGCUCCUUCUCUGCUCACGUAACAAAUCAAUGGCUUUCUUGCAAUUAAAUGCCACUUGGAAGAAAAAAAAGUAUUACCUCAGCUCACAAUCGCUGGGACAAAAUUCCUACAGAUUACAGAGCUUUUCCGAAAUGGUACUGGAUUAUCUGGAACUUUAAUCCUUUGGUGACAAAAGGAUAACUUGCGCAUAAGCUGGAUCCUGGCUUUAGCAUUUCAACGAUGCACUCUGUGAGCUGUCUGUUUCCAGCAACAGUUGUCAUAGUUGUGCUCUUAUGUAAUACUGCAGAGAGUUGGCUGGAUUGACGGGGUGGUGGUGAGGCAGAGGAACGGGAAACCGAAGUUUCAAGAACUUUGAACCCGACUGGAGAUCAAACUCCAGAGAGCCCGAGACCCCAAUCACCCUGCAGGUCCUUAAAGAGACCAGGGUUAUGUAACAUGUUAGUGAUAUUUAAACACAACUUCCACUAACGUAUAUAUAGACUCACUUAUACAAGAGAAGUAUCACAGCUCUGUUGUAGUUUGCAUGUGCUGAGAUGUCAUUUCAAUAUUAUAGUACAUGUAUUCUGAUAAAAAAUGCCUUUCACCAAACUGGUACAACAAAGAAGAGAGUAAUCCAUUUAUUUUACAUAUCUGCUGAGAAUUUGAAUUACCUCAAAGCGACAAAUAGUAUUUUUGUAAGACAGUGAAUUGAACAUCCGCGACGCGAAACAAAAUGUUUCCUCUCGCACAAGCUUCAGCAAACAUUAAGGCAGAUGCAAUUCUUUUGUAGAAAAAAAAAAA